GCACCGGCCCCCAGGCGGGGCAGCAGGCACUGGGCCCCCAGGCUGGAGCACAGGCAGCGGGCCCCCGGGCAGAGCAGCAGGCAGCAGGCCCCCGGGCGGAGCAGCAGGCACCGGGCCCCCGGGCAGAGCAGCAGGCACCGGGCCCCCGUGGGGCUGGCAACAGGUCUCGGGCCCUCAGUGGAGCGACAGGUCUCAGGCCCCAGGCGGGGCGAGCGCGCGCCGCGGGCCCCCAGGUGGAGCGACAGGUCUCGGGCCCCCAGGCAGGGCGGCGGGGCGCCGGACCCCCAGGCGGAGCGACAGGUCUCGGGCCCUCAGGCGGAGAGCGGCGGGCGCCGGACCCCCAGGCGGAGCGACAGGUCUCGGGCCCUCAGGCGGAGCGGCGGGCGCCGGACCCCCAGGUGGAGCGACAGGUCUCGGGCCCUCAGGCGGAGCGACAGGUCCUCAGGCCCCCAGGCGGGGCGGCGGGCGCCGGACCCCCAGGCGGAGCGGCGUGGCACC